CUCUCAUCGUAAGCAGGCAACAAUGGAGUCCUCUUCUGCAAAACCCUCGGUGGGCCCACCUCCCAACCCCCUCCUAUCACUAUCCACUUUCAUCCACCGGCUCGGCUCUCAACUUGCAACUCGGCUCGAUGACACCAAGCGGCCCGCCGCAGCUGCGUUCCCGGCUUUCCUACCUCCGGCGCCGCCUCACUCGUUGCCCUUUGCCUCGGUGUCGCAGCGUCAGGGAAAGCAAACCGCCGCCUCGGAAACGUCGCUCAAUUCCGAGCAUGUUGCGAGAAGGUUAGUUGGAACUUCGGUUUAUACUGUAAGCAACACAAAUAAUGAGUUCGUGCUGGUAUCUGACCCCGAGGGGGUGAAGUCCAUUGGGUUGCUUUGCUUCCGCAAAGAAGAUGCCGAAGCUUUUCUUGCUCAGGUGAAGUCAAGAAGAGGAGAAUUGAGAGGUGGGGCAAAAGUGGUGCCAAUUACGCUUGACCAGGUUUAUAUGUUGAAAGUUGAAGGAAUUGCAUUUCGGUUCUUACCUGAUCCUGUUCAAAUAAAGAAUGCAUUGGAGCUAAAAGCAUCAGAUAUCAAGAGUGGAUUUGAUGGAGUUCCUGUUUUUCAGUCAGACCUUCUAGUUGUGAAGAAAAAGAAUAAGCGGUAUUGCCCCAUCUACUUCCAGAAGGAAGAUAUAGAGAAAGCACUGUCAACAGUGUCAAGGGUUUCAAGAGGAGCUGGUUUUUCUCAGCAUAUUAUGGUUGGAAGUUUGGAGGAUGUCCUCAAGAAAAUGGAGAUAAAUGGAAAGAACUCAGGCUGGGAAGAUUUAAUUUUCAUUCCACCCGGUAAAAGCCAUUCUCAACACAUUCAAGACGUUACAAAAUUAUGAAAUUUUUGGACGUCAAACUCCCAUUGACUGCACGGCACAUGCACAAGUGAGUGCCUAGUCGCAUUGUACUGCCUUAUGCUCAGUCAUGAAAAUCGAUCUGCCAAAUCUUGGUCCCUUUCCCUCCGUCAACUCAUGAACAUACAAUCUUUUUGCCCCACCCAAUUAAAUUGUGGAUUAGCUCAAAGACUCUCUUCCAAAACAAGAAGCCAAUUUAAUAGUUGAUUUUACAAAACUCACAAAGGCUUUUCUUUCUCCUUUUGUAUUUUUGUUUUUGAUGUUUCCCUUCCCUUUUCAUUGUCCAUGCUUGGAGCAUAUUAUCUGAUCUCUCGGAAUACACAGUAUUGUGUUUGUACUUUAAUCAAUUGAUGGUCCAUUAUAAUGUAUCUCGAUGGCAUGAUUAGCUCUUGGAAUCAUUGAUCGCGAAACUAUUGUAAUAUUCAUACACUGCCCUUUUCUUAAAAGAAUUUGUUCAUUGAGAACAAGUCUGGAAAAGA